UUCUUUCUCUCUCUCUCUGUUUCUCUCUCCCUUUCGCUCCCUCUCUUUUCCCUGUUUUUUCUCCUCCUGGGGACUGGAGCCACGUCCAUUGCAUUCAAUCACUCUUAGGAUUAACUCAGCGUGGAGGCUGAGCUGGGGGAUGUGCUAGGUGCAGCCUUGCAAUGCUGCCUGCUGAGAUUUGAUCUGACUUCCCCAUUCCAGCCACUUGAUCGCUCUCACUGCAGAGAGCCUGGGCUCAGCUUGCCUAAUGCAGAGUAAAAUCCCUGCUCACCGCCUCCCAGGGCUGCUGCCUCCAUGCCCAGCCAGGGCUUGGGAUGUCAUGAGUCCCCAGACCUCUGUCUGUCCCCAAAGGCUCCUGGAGCCCUGCUGGAGACACUGAGUGGCCCUCCUGUGUCAUGAUCUACAGCAUGCUCUUGUUGUUCCAUCCAGGCAGGGGGAGGUGGUUGUCUGAGCUGCACAGACGCCCAUCAGAGGGGGAUUUUCUUAAUUUCUUCCUUUCCUCGACAAGUGGAUGAGCGAGAGCCUGGCAGAGGAGAGGCUGGAGAUGCUGUGAGUUGGAGUCACUGAGCCCAGCAUUGCCCUGUAGUCACACAGCAGCCUGGCAGGGGGACUGGAAAGGCGCAUCCCUGCCCUGACCUUCAGCACUUUCCUUCAGCACCUUGGACAGCGGCUGAACUGGUUACUGUAUCACCCGCUCAUUGGAACAUUCUAAUCCCAGCUACACCCUGGAUUGGGAGAAUAUCAGGUCCUCCUGAAUGGAUGCUAGCCUAGUGGGUGCUGUUCUGGGCAAGGUGCCUGGCUUCUUCUCAAGGCUGACUGCUUGGGAAUAAGGGUUUAAGGAUUCGCCUGGUACACGAACAUUGCAAGGUCAAACCCUGAUCUAUAUAUAUAUAUAUUGCAUUGGAUAUUUACAGAAUCACAGCAGCUGUUUGGGAAAGUGAAUUGCCUCUCUUGGAUUAAAUCCCUAAAGGGUGCCCCAUGAACACCUUUCAAACUGUUGUUUGUUGGGGAUUUCUGUGCACCGUGAUGCCCCACACAGCCCAGCUUGCUGGGUGUUACCAGGGUGCCAGCUAAAUGUGGGGUGAUCAAAGAUGCUGUGCCCUACAGAUGGUACCCCUUGCAUUUUUCUCUGCGUUGGAGAGGAUUUUACCAAACCAUUCCCAUUGCAGCUUCCUUGCUAACCCACUGGCUGACAGCCCCUCUCACUUCCAAUGAUGAAAUCUACUGGGAUUACAUUACAAUCUGCUCCUUUGGUGAAACAAAACAGAGUAGCAUUGUAGAAUGCCAGUGCUGGGUUAUGGCAAAGGGCAUAGAAGUUACCAGAUACCAAAUUGCAAGACUGUAAGAUCUACCAGGAGAUAUCUAGUGAUAAUUAUAUCUGCAGGUAAAAAGUACAUCUGCAAUCACCUUUACUCUGGAGGACCCAGAUUGUUUGCAACUCCAUGCAGUGCUGUUACCUAUCAGAGCUUUGGACAAACUUAUGUAUUCAGAUGACCAUGUGAACAUCAAAGAGAUGGUUUCCUAAGCAAGGCUUUUCAACGUGAUCUACAAUGGAAAAACUGUUCUGUUGUGUGCUGUUCAUUGGCAUGGCAGUGAGAGCUGAGAUCUGUCCGAAACGCUGCACCUGUCAAAAUUUAUCUCCAAAUCUCGCAACCCUUUGUGACAAGAAAGGGCUUUUGUUUGUCCCACCAAACAUCAACAGACGGACAGUAGAACUACGUUUGGCUGAUAAUUUUAUUACAAGUAUAAAAAGGAAAGAUUUUGCCAAUAUGACAAGCUUAGUGGACCUUACACUGUCAAGAAAUACCAUAAGUUAUAUAACACCUCAUGCGUUUGCAGACUUGCGCAAUCUGAGAGCUUUGCAUUUAAACAGCAAUCGAUUGACUAGAGUAGCAAAUGAAAUGUUUAGUGGACUUUUAAAUCUCCACCACUUGAUCCUCAACAACAACCAGCUAACGUUAAUUUCAUCUACAGCCUUUGAUGAUGUUUUAGCUUUAGAGGAGCUUGAUCUAUCGUACAAUAAUCUGGAAACUAUUCCUUGGGAUGCCGUGGAAAAGAUGGUUAGCUUGCACACUCUCAGUUUGGAUCACAACAUGAUUGAACACAUCCCAAAAGGAACUUUCUCACACCUUCACAAGCUGAACAGGUUAGAUGUGACGUCAAACAAGCUUCAGAAGUUACCACCUGACCCCCUGUUUCAGAGAGCCCAAGUUUUAGCAACCUCAGGAAUAAUAAGCUCCUCCACAUUUGCAUUAAGUUUUGGUGGAAAUCCUUUACAUUGCAAUUGUGAAUUAUUAUGGCUGAGACGACUCUUAAGAGAAGAUGAUUUAGAGACAUGCGCCUCACCUCCUUUAUUAUCUGGACGCUAUUUUUGGUCAAUCACCGAAGAAGAGUUUCUGUGUGAGCCACCACUUAUCACGAGAUAUACACAAGAGAUGAGUGUACUGGAAGGACAAAGAGCAAUUUUAAGAUGUAAAGCCCUAGGAGAUCCAGAGCCUGCUAUCCACUGGAUAUCACCUGAAGGAAAAUUAAUUUCAAAUGGAACGCGGAUUCUUGUCUAUGACAAUGGUACCUUGGACAUUCAUAUAACAACAGUUAAGGAUACAGGUUCAUUUGCAUGCAUUGCUUCCAACCCUGCAGGAGAGACAACUAAAACUGCGGUUCUAAAUAUUAUCAAACUUCCACACCUAGUUAACAGUACAAACAAUGUAAAUGUGCAAGAUCCAGGAUCCUCAGAUAUCUCUACAUCUACAAAAUCGGGUUCUAAUGCAAGUAGUAGCAAUGGGGAUACAAAAAUUAGCCAAGAUAAGAAAGUAGUAGUAGCUGAAGCAACAUCAUCCACUGUACUUAUCAAAUUCAACUUUCAAAGAAAUAUACCUGGCAUACGUAUGUUUCAAAUACAGUAUAAUGGUACUUAUGACGAUUCCCUUGUUUACAGAAUGAUCCCCCCGACAAGCAAGACGUUUCGUGUCAACAACCUAGCUUCUGGAACUAUAUACGACUUGUGUGUGCUUGCUAUUUAUGACGAUGGCAUCACUUCCCUAACUGCAACCCGGGUUGUGGGAUGUAUCCAAUUUACAACAGAGCAAGACUAUGUCCGUUGUCACUUUAUGCAGUCACAGUUUUUGGGAGGAACCAUGAUAAUUAUAAUAGGAGGAAUUAUUGUGGCUUCGGUCCUGGUUUUUAUAAUAAUCCUUAUGAUUAGAUAUAAGGUUUGUAAUGGCAAUGGGAACCAUAAGGCAACAAAAGUCAGUAAUGUGUACUCUCAAACCAAUGGAUCACAGAGUCAAGGAUGCAGUGCUUCCAUGCCACCAUCUGCUUCUAAGCAAGUUGUAGGACAUGAAGAGAGUGCACAGUGUUGCAAAGCUACCAGUGAGAGUGGAGCACUGUCUUCUGACACUUGCUCGAGUCAGGAAGCCACCGCAACUACCUCUGCAUUGCCCCAUGGCUGGACUUCAAGUAAUACAGCAUCACUCAAGCAGAAGAGGAAAACUGUACUAAAACCUAUGGAUUCAAAAACAGAUACAGUCUUAAAUAUGGAGUCCCAAAAUACAAAUAGAAAUAAUUCAACUGCUCUGCGGUUAUCUGUCCACCCUUCUGGUUCUGUCAAAGUAACCCCUGGUACAAAAAGAGCACAAUCUAAGCCAAGUAAGUUUCUUACAUUACCUGCAGAAACAUCAAGAGCAAAGCGAAGGUACUCUUUGAAUGGAGAAGUAAUGGAGUAUCAUUGUUAUGUUAACUCUCACAAUACUGGUGGAUUAUGGUCUAAAAGGAGUAUGUCUAUGAAUGGCAUACUUGUUCAAUCGGACAAUUCUGAUAUGGACAGUGGUAAAGCUACCUUUUCAAGUUCUGAGUGGAUAUUGGAAAGCACUGUGUAACAAGCUCUUUUACAUUAAAAAAAUGGAAAAUAUUUGAUAACUCAGAGCACCAUUCUAGAUAAUCGAUAAUUGGGAAUCCAGUCUCGUUGUUUUCAUCCAUGGCUUCUACAAACAGGGUUCUGUAUGAGCCAACUCCUGCACCUUUUUCGUUUGCUUUUUAAUGGUGUUAACAAAAUUCAAGAAAGGAAAAUAAAAACAGUUGAAGGUUUAAA